AUGCAGUGGAAAUCCCUCCUUCUGUGCAUCGCCGUGGCCGAGUCGGCCCUGGCUCGCACCCACGGCCACCAGCGCCGCGAGCACUCGCACGGCCAUGACAACGCCCACCUGGCCGCCCGCGGGGUUGUCACCGUCGUCACCGUCGAGCACGUCACCCUGACCACCACCGUCUACGGCGCCCCUCCCACCACCACCACCACCACCACCGCGGCCCCCACCACCACCGAGGACUCCUCCGCCGCCUUCGUGGAAAUCGACGCCAACGAGGACAUCCAGAUCAGCGCCAGCCUCAGCCUGUCCCUUGGCCUGGGACUGGGCGAGACCACCACCCACACGAGCACCCACACGCACGUCGAGACAAGCACCCACACCCAAACCCACCACUCCACCUCCACCUCCACCAGCACAUCCACUAGCACGCACCACACCAGCACGGCCACCGUCGCGUCCAGCAGCGCGUCCGCGACCGCCUCCUCCUCCUCCAGCAGCAGCGACUGGGCCUCCACUCUGUCCAGCGGCGACUACAGCACGGCGGGCUUCGGCGCGGUAACGACCUCCAGCGGAAGCGGGAUCGAAUACAGCGGCAACGUCGGCAGCCCAUGGGGCAGCAACAUCAUUGAGGUGUCGGCCUCGUCCGCGUCAUCCUACAAAUACGUCAUCCAGAUCAAGGGCAGCAACACGGAGGACUGGUUCGUCAGCUUCUGGAACAAGAUCGGCCCCGAUGGCGGCAUGAACGGCUGGUACGGCUACUCGGCGCUGAACUUCUCGCUCGCGGCCGGCGAGACCCGCUACGUUGCCUUCGACGAGGACUCGCAGGGUGGAUGGGGCGCCGCCAAGGGCGACUCCCUCCCCACCGACGACUACGGCGGUUAUUCGUGCACCUGGGGUGAGUUCGACUUCGGCGACACCGAGAAUGAGUCCUGGUCGGGUUGGGAUGUUAGUGCCAUUCAGGCGCAGGAGGCCGAUCAGACCGUUCAGGGUAUGCGUAUUUGCGAGUACGAGGAUAAGCAGUGCUCGUAUAUCACUUCGGGGGCUGGGGAGGUGGUUAAUGCGUAUACUUCUUCCGAGGCCUCGGUUGAUGGUAUUGGGGGGACGUUGUCGGCUGGUCCCGUGAGGUUGACGGUGGAGGUGGAUUAUAGUUAGUU